AUGGAUUCCAAUAUCACUAGUUCGUGGGUCAAUUUCUUCACUGCGGCUGGCAUACCUUCGGAGGUCGGAGCCACCUACGCUAUUACCUUCACGGAGAAUCGGAUUCAAAACGAUAUGCUGCUUGACUUGAACAAGGAAUACCUACGAGAUAUGGGAAUCACAAGGAUGGGAGAUAUUAUAGCCAUAUUAAGACAUGCUAAAAUGGUGCAUGAGAGUACGGCCAGGGAGAGGGUUUUGAGUACUACAGUAGCUAGCAACAAGGUGCCCGUGGCUGCAGUCACUGGCAGAGCUACCAUUACCCAACCAUCAUCUCCCGCGAGUCGCAUGUUGGAACACUACACCAGAAACCCUCAAGUUCAAGAGACUUCUCCGAUGAGAGCCUCAACACAGAAACGUAAAUCAAAUGAAAUGAACACAGAAGAUAAGAAUGUUAAGAAAGCACGUCUCAUCAGAUUUGGUACGCCUCCACAGACAACUGCCAUCACUAAAGAAGCUCCUCAAAAUAAGACAGUUUUCGCACGUCUUGGUCAUUCAGAUCCAGUAUCAGAUGUUCCUCAAAAGGUCGGAAAGAAAGUGUUUUCCAGACUCGGUGCUAAGGACAACAAGGAAAAAGACCAGGUGGUCCCCAUCGAAAAGGACGCUCUCAAAUACGAGGGUAUCUUGAAAACUAGUCCAGAGACGAGGAAAGUGUUCACUGUUACCACAUCCGUGAAUAAUAUAAGGAAAAUAGCGUUAGGUACCAUGAGAGCUGAUGAGACGCCAGUCAGUGUGAAGGAUAAACUGGCCAUUGCACGCGCGAAAUCUGUGAAAUUCUCAAAUCGCGUGGAAUAUAAAGAAAUAGAACCGGUCAAAAAGGUACAUGUGAAGCCUAAGUUUACAACAGUUUUUAAUAAACCGGAAAGGAGGUUGUCUAUGCCGGAGAACACGGGCGUCAAGGCCAGGCUAGGAAACAAACACGGUGCAAACAAAAUGGCUGCUGUAAACAAAAUGGCGGAUGUCACCAAAAAACAAAAUGUACAGAAUAAGUUCACUAUAACUAGGAACAUGUUUAACAGAUUGGGUGUUUGA